UGAUUUGUCAGAUUGCCAAGUGUGAAAUGGAUACGAGAAAGUUCGCGGAAAUUUCGUAUUUAGAAGACAACCAAACGGUGAAUUUCAGUGGCAAAAUAGUGAAUUUGAACAAGAAGCACAAAAGGGUUAAAUCUCGGGCUUGAUAUCCAAGGAAGACUAGCUGAUUUCCUUUAGUUCGGAAAGUUUUACUUAGCUAAAUCACCGCUCAGCUGUUAGCUGACAUUGGCGCACACGUUUCACACGUGAACAUUUCCGUCGGUUUUUCGUGCCAAUUUUAUAUUUUGUCCCAGAUUUUUUCGCUGAAAUUCAAUAAAAUGGAGUCUUGGGAUGAUGAGAACUUCGAACCACCUGUAGUCACUACCCCUGUGGUCCUCCCUAACAAAUGGGUGGGCGAGGAUGAGGAUGAAGACGUAAAAGAAAGUUGGGAAGAUGACGAUGAAGAAAAAAAAGAAGAGGAUAAAAAAACAACAGAAGCCAAGAAAACCAAAAAGAAAACCUUAGCAGAAAAAAUUGCUGAAAAAGAGGCCAAGAAGAGAGAGGAAUUAGAAAAACGUCUAAAACAUGAGGUGGACAUCUCAGAAGAAGAGAAGUUAAGAAUGCAAAAAGAAUCAGAUCUAAAGUUGGCCUUGGAGACCACUUUUGGGGAUAAGGAGGAGGAAGAGGAAAUUGGAGGACUGAAGCUCCCAUCAAGCAAAGAAGAAUUUGAUGAAUUUACUGACACCCUAACAAAGACUCUUACACCACUUUCUAGGCAUGGCAACGAAUAUGUUAAUUUUACUGAAAAUUUAGCUAGGAAUUUAUGUGCAGCAAUGAGUUCAACAGACAUAAAGAAAAUAAAGAACACAUUGGAUAAUCUGUUUUUGGAAAAGCAAAAGAUUGAAAAGGGUGACAAAUCAAAAAAGAACAAGGGCAAGGGAAAAGCCAAAUUGAAGCUAGAGGGUGAUAAUCAACUAUCAGCUUACACCGACUACACUAACGAUUUUGACGAAUUUGAUGAUUUUAUGUAGCGACAAUUGGCAAUAUUUUUUUGUUUUUUUUUUAAAUAUUUUUGUUAAUAUAAUUUAAAGAGAAAAAAAAUAACAAACAAUGCUAAAUUAUGUUUUGUUUAACUAUUUUUAAGUAGUGCAUCUUUAAACAUAUUGUAUUUUUAUAUAUAUAUGAAGGAGGCAAAUGAAGGUAAUAUUUUGUAUUUAUAGACUUAAUUAAAUUCUCACUAUUA